GUUCUGAAAGCGGUCCCUGUGGGCUGGGGAGCUGAGCCGCCUGAGGGCGUCGCUGGAGGCGGCUUGUCAGGAGAAAGACUCGCGGAGGGCGCUUCUGUGAGGUCGGCGGGCCGGGCAGGACGAGGUAACGGGCUUCCUUCUUCCCAGGCAGACCGGAGCCCCACACUGGAAGCGACAUGAACAGGUUUGGCGAAGGACGCAAGAGGCCGGAGGCCGAAGAGGGAGACGCCUCCUUUGCCGCUGUUGCUCCAGCCUACAAGCGGGUGAAGGCCGGCGCUGGAAUGGUCAAUUUUUGCCCACAGUGUGGACAGAGGGUUGAGGCAUCCUUUAACUUUUGUGCCUCCUGCGGGGCCAGACUUCCUGCAGAAGAAGAGGCCAUGCAGAUCACUCCAACUUCUUCAAUGAAAGGGCUAAGCCAGAAAGACCAAGAUCAGCUGCCGAGGUCUCCUGCAAAGAAAAAGGCAGAAAUAUUGCCAGACAAAGGAAACGCUUCUUCUGCAGUUAAAUGGAGCUGGUCACCUUCUGUAUCACCUACUAAAUCACCAAAGGCAAAAGCAAAGCCCAGCUACCGAUCUCCCAGGAAGGACAGGAGUGCCACCGUGAGACCUCUCCCAGAGGGCGAGAUCCUAACAGACCUGAACAACAAGCAAUGGAAGCUUGGGAAACUUCUGGGCGAGGGUGACUAUGGACUGAUGUAUGAAGCAAUGUGUGCAUCUGAAGCUUGCCGUUCCCAGCUGAAAUACUCCCUCAAACUUGAUUGCAAAGAUGGACGGCUCUUCAAUGAACAGAACUUCAUGCAGCGAGCUGCUAAGAAAGCCACAGUGGAGAAGUGGAAGAAACAGCAUUCAGUUCCAUUGCUGGGGAUCCCUAAUUGCGUUGGUUUUGGCCUCCACAAUAGUAACUACAGGUUCCUGGUCUUCUCUUAUCUGGGCUGCUCCCUUCAGUCCAUCCUGGAUGACUGUGCAAACAAGAUGACGGAGAAAGCAGCCUUGCAGCUUGCAGUCAGACUGGUGGAUGUUCUGGAGUUCCUCCAUGAGAAUGAGUAUACCCAUGGGGACAUCAAUGCUCAGCACAUAUAUGUGAAUCCAGCUGACCUUGCUGCGAUCACCCUGGCAGAUUACUGCUUUGCUUUCCGGUACAGCCCUGGGGGCAAGCAUGUACCUGAAUGCGAAGGCAGCAGGACACCCCACGAGGGCACCAUAGAGUUCAUCAGCAUUGAUAGCCACAAAGGAGCCGGCCAACCUUCCCCAGCCUGGUACCCUCCAGAUGUUUUGGACUUCACUUCCCAUUAGCCCCAACCAGAAUGGCUCGUGGUCAGGAACGGUGCAAGUUGUAGCACAGAAAUAUUUGGAAGGCAACGUAUUGAGAGAGGCUGCUCUUGGCAGUCAAGAUCAUACUUUUCCCCAUGUCUGCAUGCUCUCAGUGAUUAAUCACUAAGGACUAAUUCUAGUUGGCUGAGUUGCAGGCUAGCAUAUUUAAUUUUUGAGGCUAUUUGGUUUUUGGUGCAUGAGGAAAAAGGAAAUGUUGAAGUUGGCUUUAUGUUCUAACAGCAAGAGGCAGCUCGUGUAUUUUUAAAACUUUGACUUUUCUUGUACUUCAGUCACAUCCACACCAUACAUUAAACCAUAUUUAAAGCACAUAGCUUCCUCCGCAUAAUCCUGGGAACAGUAGUUUAUCCCUCGCAGAGCUACAAUUCCCAACACCCUUAAGAAACUACAGUUCCUGUGAUCAUUUUGGGGAAGAAAUGUGCUUUAAAUGUGCUUUGGUGUGGGUGUGAUUUUCCUACUUCCUAUUGCAAAAAGGAUUCUAUAUUUAGGUAAUAUGCAAAUAAAUGUCGUCAUUCAGUUGCUUGAUUGGUAUUUUUCACAGAGCAAAGGAGAUGCAGAGAGAUCAUCUUAGUUACAGCCUGUCUUUUGGAGGUGUUGUAAGAUUUUAUUAAUUGCCUGGAGACCUUAAGGCAAGUAAAACCCUGAAAUAAAUAGUGGAAAAUUGAAGCACAUGCUAAGGCAGUGAUUUACCCAAGAUGUGACUGCGGUCCAUGUGAGCCACUGUGAUUAUAAGGCUGUACCCCAAUUUCUGUACUGUGCUAUUGAUGUUCCAUACUUGGAUAUGCUUUCUUUUUCUAUCCUGUUAGCUCCAUCUCGCCGUAGUGAUCUUGAGUCUCUGGGUUACUGUCUAGUGAAGUGGCUGUGCAGAUGUCUUCCCUGGUCUGAGGACCUUGACUGUCCCUGUGUGGUCAUGCAGAAGAAGGAAAGG